AUGAUUGAGACCGUAUUCUCUCUACUGGAGGCUCGCGAAUCAAAAUACGCCGAUUGUACCCUCGAGACUUGUCCACUUUCUGCUUCUGUGAGUCUUUUCAAUCAUGUUUGCCUUCUCCUGAAGGGAGCGGUAUCGCAGUUUUCUGUUUCCGUUUGCUGACGCCCAUCGAGGUUUACGGUUAUUUACCAAACAAAGCCGCCAACUACUUUUUCUUGGUCGCCUUUGGAUUAUCAUGUCUGGCGCAUUUCUUUCAAGGCGCAAGGUCGAGAUCAUGGACUUUCAUGUUAGCUUUCGGAGUUGGAGCCUUCGGUGAAGCAGUUGGUAAAUUUCACUCCAUCCAUUUUGAUCAGACCAAAUUAACAUAGUCCAGGCUAUGUUGGUCGAAUCCUGUUACGAAAUAAUCCCUUCAGCAGAACAUAGUAAGAAUUGCGAAACUUUCAGCAGAUUUCCAAGUUUGGUCUGACGUUUUCUGAUAGCCUCACCAUAAUGCUGGUCCCAGGAACUGUCGCUCCGGCCUUCUUAGCUGGUGGUGUAUAUCUGACUCUCAAACAUCUGUAAACAUCUAGAUUUACAUUGAGAGUUUUCUCUUUAUUCCCUCCAAGAGUCUGUAUGUUAUGUAUCACAAAUACUUAGCGUGUCGCGAGUGCUUGAUUCAGAGACUCAUAAGAGCUCCAGGCUGUAGAACAACACAACUGAUACCCCCAGAAUCAUAAUUUACGGUCGGAAUUUCUCCAGAAUAGCUCCCAGGCUCUAUACUUGGAUCUUCGUCUUCGCAGACAUAGCCUCCAUCGUGAUCCAAGCCCUCGGCGCUGUCAUCGCAUCCCGAGGCACCAAGCCAGCCGUCGGAAACAACAUAAUGAUGGGUUCUAGAUUCCGAUUCUCUUCUAUAAACAUGUCUAACUGCCUCAUCAGUGGGGCUCUGUUCCCAAGUCGCCACAUUAGGAAUCUUCGGUCUCAUGGCCAUCGAUGUAUUCUUCAAGAUUCGAAGUUAUCGCGAUCAAUUCAAUGCAUCCACCAUCGCCUUGAGAAGCUCCAAAAGAUAUAAAGGCUUGUUGGGUGCAAUUGUGAUUGCGUAUUCCACGAUUACCAUACGUUGUAUUUAUAGGAUUGCGGAGAUGGCUGGGGGUUGGAGGAAUCCGAUUAUGCAGGAUGAAAAUGCCUUUAUUGCUCUUGAUGGAUGUAUGUGUCUUAUUGCUUCUUUAGCGAUGAACAUUUGGCAUCCUGGGUUCCUUUUCAAGCAGUCUUAUGCUACGAUAAAGACUGAGUCGUUACCUAUAACACCGCAAGACGAAAUGAGUGCGGCUUAG